AUGCCUAUCAGCAAGGAAAAACUGAUUUUAAUACUAGGAAUGGUCUACUUGGAACAAGGUCAUUCUGAAACCCUUUCUUCCAUCAGAGAUCCUGACUGUGGGCAGAGUCUGGUUAAGCUCCAGCCUCAGAAUUACUUUAACCUUUUCAGUCGUAUUGUUGGAGGAAACCAAGUGGAAAAGGGUUCCUAUCCUUGGCAAGUGUCUCUGAAACAAAAGCAGAAGCACAUCUGUGGAGGCACCAUCAUCUCUUCACAGUGGGUCAUCACAGCUGCUCAUUGCAUGGCCAACAGAAACAUUGCGUUAACUUUGAAUGUAACUGCUGGAGAACAUGACUUGAGCCAAGCCGAGCCAGGAGAGCAAACACUUGCCAUUGAAACCGUCAUUAUACACCCGCAGUUCUCCACCAGAAAACCUAUGAACUAUGAUAUAGCCCUUCUGAAGAUGGUUGGAACCUUCCAAUUUGGACAGUUUGUGAGGCCUGUGUGUCUUCCAGAGCCAGGAGAACAUUUUAAAGCUGGAUUUAUUUGUACAACUGCAGGCUGGGGUCGCUUGUCUGAAGGUGGCAGCCUCCCGCACGUCUUGCAGCAGGUGAACCUGCCAAUUUUGACUCGGGAGGAAUGUGAGUCUGUUCUGUUGACCUUAAGGAACCCCAUUACUGGGAAGACCUUUCUCUGCACAGGAUCCCCUGAUGGAGGAAGAGAUGCUUGUCAGGGAGAUUCAGGAGGGUCACUUAUGUGCCAGAAUAGGAAAGGGGCCUGGACUCUGGCUGGAGUGACUUCUUGGGGUUUGGGCUGUGGUCGAGGCUGGAGAAACAAUGCAAGAAAGAAAGAGCAAGGAUCUCCUGGGAUCUUCACAGAUCUUAGGAGAGUGCUUCCCUGGAUCCACAAACAUGUCCAGACUGGCCAUGGAAGAAAGAGCACCAAAGCCUCCUGCAGUGAGCCAGAUGGUCUAAUCAGUGGGUCUGAGGGAGAGCUGCACUUCCCAGAAAGCCUCCGCCUGUACUAUGAGAGCAAGCAACUGUGUGUCUGGACCUUCCUGGUUCCAGGGGAUAUGCAUAUAUUGUUCAAUUUGUCACACUUGGAUGUAGAGUCUUGUCACCACAAUUACCUGGCAAUGUACUCUUUAGAAGACAGACUCAUUGGGAAAUUUUGUGGAGAAAGUCUCCCUUCAUCCAUUCUCAUUGGCUCCAGUUCUAUCCAGCUGAGAUUCAUCUCUGAUGCCACAGAUUAUGCCACUGGGUUUAAUCUCACCUAUAAAGCACUGAAGCCGAGUUAUUCUCCUGAUUCCGGCUGCAGGUCUCUAACUAUCCUCUUUGAAGAAGGCACUAUACAGAGUCUUCACUAUCCUGAAGACUACAGUGACAUGGCUAGCUGUACCUGGAUUUUUCAAGCCCCCAACCAUUGCCUAAUUAAGCUGUCAUUUCAGAGCCUAGAAAUAGAAGAAAAUGGAGACUGCACCUCUGACUACGUAACUGUACAUAGCGAUGUCGAGAGGGAGAAGGAAAUAGCUCGGUUCUGUGGCUCUGUGGUACCCAGCCCUGUGCUGAGCUCCUCCAGUGUGAUGCUCAUCAGCUUCCAAUCAGAUGAAAACGGCACCUCCAGGGGCUUCCAGGCUGACAUUUCCUUCAUUUCUAGAGCAGAUUUAAAUAUCUCCAUAUCAGAGGAUGAAUCAGUGUCUCUGGAGACAUGGGAUGUGCCACCUGAAGCAAUGGAAAUUCUGGAUGCAGAGAGAGACACACAUACAAAAACGCCAUAUGAAGAAGGCAUCGGGGAGAUACCAGCAACUGACAGUGGCCUUCUGAAGCAAGGGGAGAGGUAUGGAAAGCAGUGA